GCAGCAAUGCAUUUCGGGACAUGUAGUUUCGCCGGCGGGAGUGUCUUGUGUACGCGCUGCGGGCCCUACUGCCAAGAAGUGUGGGACUGAGUCUCCAAGAGGGAAAUCACUUACCAGAGUGGCAAGACCUGAACUUGCAGCCCCCCCUCCUCAUGUACUCCUCAGAGUGGACCUGCACUGACCGGGAGUGAAUUCACAAUUGGUCCAACAUGAACUGGAAGGUUCUCGAUCACGUGCCACUGUUGCUGUAUAUCUUGGCAGCGAAGACAUUAAUUCUCUGCCUGGCAUUUGCUGGAGUCAAAAUAUACCAAAGGAAAAGACUGGAAGCAAAACUACAAAGCCUGGAGGCUGAAAAGAAGAAGCAGUCAGAGAAGAAAGAUAACUAAAGGGAAAUCAAAGAUUUUGUAAUUUAAAUGUCAGCUUGAGACUCCAGAUAAGAAGAAAGACUUAAUUAUUGAAUGAUGUGUCUGUCAGAGGACAAACUUCCAACCUAUACCUUUAAUUUAAAAUAAUGUGACUUUUUAUAUGCUUGAGAAGCAGUAUUUUGUUUACCAAAAGUAAAAUGUCUUUGUAAAA